CGUACUUGAGUAUACUUCACAUCUAGAGCACACUCUGGCUCACGCUAUGAGUUAUAUCGUAGUGUACCAUAUGUCACAAUGCUGCUCAUCUCACAGUAUACUUUAUCUGGUGUCAUUCCUCUUGUUGUCCUCUCGGAUACAAAACUUCAGCUAAGUGGUAUUAUUAUUUAAUUCCCUUUUUACCAUUAUUCAUUCGCCGGUGAAUAACUUAAUAUCAAAUCUAAGCUGAUAGUUAACUUAAUUGUCCUGCUGCCUAGCAGUUACAUAUUAGGGCCUUUUCUAGAUGUUUAACCGUGUUAACCCCACCUCCCCCCCUAUACGAGAAUUGAAGUAUGCCACCCAUCCCGUUUACUACCAUCAGCCCCCUCCCCCUAGGUCAUCCAGGCUCGAAGAAUUCAUUCAUUGGAUAUAAAAUAACUUCAGUUAUGUCUCAGAAGGGAUGAGAAUGAUGAAUGCUCUUUGACUUGAAAGUGUUGUGCAGUGGGCCACAAUUCUUCAGAUUCAAUUGUAGUUCCAUGGGUUACAUCGGAUCAACUAUUUUCAUGUCAGCAGCAAAUGGGACCUGGAAAGAGCUGUAUGUCCUGUUCAUGGAGAUUGGUUAAUUUUUAAUAUUUUAUUUCGGAGUGGGGAGAUUGUGCAACUCCUGUUUUAUUUUUUUUUUUCAAACUCCAGGUUUUGAAUUGUGAGGAGAUGGUCCAAUUUUUCCUCCUUUUCCCCUUAUUUGAAAUGCUUUCACAUUUAAAUACAUAUGAGAGAUGAGAUUCUCAUGACCUUGAAAUUGUACAUUACACGCAACGGAGACUCAAAUGGCAAACGUCCACUGGCUUGAGUAAACGCAGACGGAAAAAUCCAAUGUAUGAGUCUUAAUAUCAGCUCUAUGAUACCAGCUCCUCGAUACCAACUAAAAAAUACCAGCUCCACGAUACCAGCUCCACGAUACCAACUAAAAAAUACCAGCUCCACGAUACCAACUAAAAAAUGCCAGCUCCACGAUACCAACUAAAAAAUACCAGCUCCACGAUACCAGCUCCACGAUACCAACUAAAAAAUACCAGCUCCACAAUACCAGCUCCACGAUACCAACUAAAAAAUGCCAAUUCCACGACACCAACUAAAAAAUACCAGCUCCACAAUACCAGCUCCACGAUACCAACUAAAAAAUGCCAGCUCCAUGAUACCAACUAAAAAAUACCAGCUCCACAAUACCAGCUCCAUGAUACCAACUAAAAAAUGCCAGCUCCACGAUACCAACUAAAAAAUACCAGCUCCACGAUACCAACUAAAACAUACCAGCUCCACGAUACCAACUAAAAAAUACCAGUUCCACGAUACCAACUAAAAAAUACCAGCUCCACGAUACCAUGUCUACGAUGCCGAACUUCAUGAUAACGUAAACUCUUCAUCCACAACACCAUGUCCGUUAUUCACCUCCACAAUUCCAUCGCCACAAAAUUACCGACACGAUACCAUCUCCGCAAUACCAGUUCCACGACAAAGCUCCACAUUCCAAGCUCAGCGAUACCAGAUCCACGUUGUCAGCCCUGAGAGCGAAAAUGUUCGUAGAUGAACCUAUGCUAGUGCAUACAUUGCUUUUGAUAUUGUUUCUAUGUCAUUACUCUGUUUAUGUGAAGCAUUUUCAUUCGUCUUUCGCUUCAACAUUUAAACUUCAUUUUUGAAAAGAAAAAUUAACACGUGAACCAUACCAUGGUCUUCAAAAAAAAAAAAAAAAAAAAAAAAAAAAAAACAAAAACCAAAAAAAAAACAUAAAAAAAAAAAAAAAAAAAAAAAAAAAAUUAAAGUCAUAGUUGUCUUUUGACAAAUUAAACACGUAUAAAGAGAAGUCACUGUAAUCAGCUAUUUCAUCUCCUUGUUUCAUUGUAAUUAUAAUAAUUAAAGGACUGCUUUCAAUGUAUUAAACGUCCUAAUCUUUUUGUCCUGUUCUCUAAUUCAAGCGUGCACAUACCUCGUUUUGCUAUUUCAUUCAUUCUAAUUAGUAAUUUUAUUAAAUCUUAAUAUCAUUGUAUGUAAAUUGAAUUUAUUUAUUUAUUUAUUUAUUUAGGCAUUUUUAUAUAGCGCUUAUCAUAAAGCUCUAAGCGCUUUACAAUUAUUAAAACAUGUGAACUAAGUAAAAUAAAAAUGAGACACUAGGAUAGUAACUACUAUUCUAUGCAUUUUUAUAUAGCGCUUAUCAUAAAGCUCUAAGCGCUUUACAAUUAUUAAAACAUGUGAACUAAGUAAAAUAAAAAUGAGACACUAGGAUAGUAACUACUAUUCUAUAGAAACAAUGAAAAUGGCUAUAAAACGAGGACACUUUGACACUUCAGGAUCAACCCGAAACAGAAAAUGAGGUAGGGCAAGGAGGGUGCAUCACAGGUCAUAGGCGGACCUAAACAUUAUUCUCGGUCUAGACAUAUGAAUGAAUUGUGAAACAGUUGACGGUCUAAAUGAAGAUGUAUCCUAUUGUCUCAGUCUUGGGACGCUAUGAGGCCUUUAAUACUUGAUCAAAAUACAAAUUUGCUUACGGCCUGAGUCUCCAAACCAACGUUAAAUGGCUUGGAUUUGAUCUCUGGUCUACCGCUUCCUUCUUUUAUGUCUAGCAGUUCCCGAAAACUAAGCUCUUAAGUUUUGAUGUGUUUUGAUGAGUUGUUAUAAUGUUGGACAACGUCAGCAAAUGUUUUUAUGUUCACAACAUUCAAAAUUUCAAAAUGUUUAAAUCAUAAAUUAAAUGAGCGUCCCCACCCCUCCAUUCCCCACUCCUCAUUCCCGUCUGUUCCAGGUGAGUGUCCAGACGGUCAUGUUAACGGAGAUUCGUGGGAACUUCCUGGAUGUCAAGGUUGUGAUUGUGGUGACGGAUGGUAUGGUUGUUACGGGUAAGUUAUUAUUUUUUUUUUGUUGUUGCUAUUUUUUUACUGUGUUUGGCGUUAUGGAAAGUGUCAUCAGGGACGAAGCCGCCUAACAAAAAGGUACGCCGCUGGAGAUACCUACUGCCAAAGGUCCUGGUAAUAACACUAAUCACGGAAUGUCUAGCAAUGUGAGACUUCAAUCUAUUACUUCCCCAGGGUCUCCACUCUAUAACUCCUAACUAUGACUUGAUCUAUAAGUUGAUCUAUGAAUUUAUCUAUAACUUUAUCAAAUAUAUAAAUAUAUAUGUUUAUCUAUACGGUUUUAUAAUUUUAUGUAUGGCUUGAUCCAAACUUUAUCUAUAACUUAUCUAAACUUUUUAUAUGACCUUUUCUUUGGCUUUAUCUAUAACUUCUAGGACGUUAUCUAUAGCUUUAUCUAGGACGUUAUCUAUAGCUUUAUCUAGGACGUUAUCUAUAAAAUUAUAUAUAACCUUAUCCAGAACAUUAUAACUUUAUAUAUAACUUUACCUAAAGCUCUAAGAUAAAAAUACUCUGUAUUAACAGCAAUUCAACUGGAAAAUUGCUCUUGACUUUUGCUCCAGACAGCGAUAAGCGACCGCUAAAAUGCAAUAUUUAUCCUCACAGAUGUGGUUUAAUGGCUUUCUAUUACGACACGUAUUCAUGCUACGUCCAGGACAACUUAGACAAAGGCUACCCCCAAUGCUGUAAUCAAGAUUUAAUUUGUAAAGGUGAUGAGGGUUUUGACGAGUCCAAACUGCGACCAGAUCCAGAGCAGAUCAGAGAUCUGCCAGUAGAAGUCGAGGAACUCAAUGCCACUGACGACCCCAUACUCGUCGUGGACCCCGAUGAGUCUGUAGAGUGACUCGCAAUCCCCAAGGAAGUCACUGCCACUCCCCAUGUUACUGCAUAAGAUUGUGGUUUAGAUGGAAAUUAACCUAUAUUGGAUUCUAAUAAAAAGAUUCCCGUUCCAUGAAAAUGAAAUCAAUUUUUAUUUAGAUCUUAACAUUUAAAAAAAAUUGAAUUCCUGGUUUCUUAUUUGUUCAUUAAAAGAAAUGUGUACACAUAUUUAGAAAUUGUUUCUACAGAUAUUUUAAAAACAUAUUUUUCUUGCAUGCUGCAUCGUUUGUGUACUUGGCAUUAUUUUUGUUUUUGGUCAAAGUCAUAAUCGGGCUUUUUGUUGUUUUGUAAAUUUUAGUAGAUCAAUGUUAUAACUAUUGGAUACCAGUUUAAUUUUUUUUUAAAAUUAACAUAACAUUACUGAUAUAUCAAUCCGCAUUACUGAUAAACCAUUCACUGAACGGAAUAAGUCAAUGCUUUACAUUAUAGCCAUUGCUAUACAGUAUAGACAUUGCUACACAUUAGAGUCGUUUCUAUACAUUAUAGAAGUUGCUAUACAUUAUAGACAUUGCUAUGAAUUAUAGACAUUGCCAUACAUUAUAGAAUUUGCUAAAAAUUAUAGACAUGCUAUACAUUAUAUACAGUGCUAUACAUUAUAGACAUUGCUAUAUAUUAAAGACAUUGCUAUACAUUAUAGACAAUGCCAUACAUUAUAGACAAUACUAUCAAUUGUCCAAGGAAAAUGGGAUUCCUUUACAUCACGUCACCUAAAAGUAACAAAUUUCUUCCUGUUCUUGUGGUCAACCUGAGAUUUUCGAGAUCGUAUAUUUUGUGCUUGGUUUCUACCAUUUCCGUUUCUGUCAAAUUUUAUAUUCCUUCUUUUUAUAUUAUCAAUGCAAUGUAUGAUCUUUAUUAUAGCAUUGUAUGGGUUAAUAUCUAUUUAAUAUGAAUUUUCGAACUUUUUUAAAGAUGUUAAUAAAUUUUGAACAUUAUUAUUUCACUUUAGUAAAACAGCUGCACGGCUAAAUUAUUUAAAACAAGUUCUUAAGUAGGUAAAGUAAAUUCUUAGACUAAUUCAUUGAACGAUUUAAGCUAAGGAAACAAUCAUUGUUUUUUUAGAGAGUAUCUCACAAAUAUUAUACAUUUAUUUUGAUGACGU